AUGAUGCCCGUUGAAGACGUAGUAACAGAGAUACGAGUGACCCAACGCGUUGGGGUUAUCGAUGGGUUCGUAAAUUGUCUGGGGAUCGGAGUAAUUCAGGGCUCAUGGCCGAAGUGGCUGACAGACAUCUGGGACUCGUGGACUGAAGAUUCCGAAAAUAUUCACCCCUCCGACUUGCCCGCAGAGCAAAUAUACGCUCUGAUCGUCCUCCCUGACGGUGGUAAAGACCUUGAGCAUUCGCCACCGUUCACGAUAUCGCAAUGCAAAAGCAUCGUUCAACAGCUGGUGGCGGCUCUGGCGACUGCGGAGCAUCUGCUGCGAUUUGAGCACAGGGAUUUGCACUGGGGGAAUGUCCUUGUCAGAGAUAUCACUGCUGAUGAAGACAUGGAGCACAGUGCAGCCAUACGAGACCACGAAUUCAAGGUCCCAUGUCACGGGAUUCAAGUCUGUAUUAUCGACUACACCUGGGGCAGAGUAGAAGGCGAAGAUUGUAUAUAUACGGCAAUGGACGACCCAUCGUUAUUUGAGGGUCCUGGGAAGGGAAAGCGAGGCGGCGAUCUCCAAUUCGACGUAUAUCGAUGGAUGAAAGACGAGGUCAAUGAUGAGUGGGGACAAUUCUUCCCCAAGACGAACAUUUUUGUAAGAUCAGAUCUAUCUCCCGUAUGCUGCAACUACCAAGAUCUCUAA